UCUGCUGUGUUACGGUGUUUGCUUCUUAUAUGUGCUGGCUCGCAGUCCGAGCAUUCCCCGCUUUUUCCUCCAAGACCUCACUUCCUCCAAGACCUCACUUCCUCCAAGUUCGAGCAUUGUUGUACUAUUUGAUUUUUAGGCUAUUUUAAGUUUGGUGAAGAGAGUUCUGCAAGAUGGGCUACAAAGACGAGAAACGCGGUAGCGUCACCUUCUCGGCAUCAUCUCUCUCGUCAAGAGACUCAGAAUACCUUUCAGGCUUCGAGAAGAAAGAUUUGGCAUAUAAAAAGCGAAUUCGGAUCUUACGAUUUGUUACCCGAUCCCUUUCACUCGUUAUCAACGCCGGCAUGAUUGGCAUCCUCUCCUUCACACUCGCCCGAUACUUCCUCACCAAGAACAAGAUCAUCGCAGGAAAUGUACACCCUUGGGUCACGCCUGCCACGCUUUGGCCCACGUUCAUGCUGCUGGGAAUCGCAGUGUUGACUUUCUUCAUGAACCUUAUCAACGUCUGCGCGUACAUGUGCGGUGUCGACGCUGCGAACAAGGCUUACUCAUGUACAAAAUAUGUCACUUAUGCCUUGACUGCGGCCCAUGUCGUCGCAUGGGCGGUCGCAAUCGGGCUUUUCAAAAUGGCGCAGACGGAGAGCUCGCUUUGGGGGUAUACGUGCUCAUCGAAGGCGGAUCAAAUUCAGGCACAGGUUCAGAGUUAUCUGGACUUUGGCAAGCUGUGCACGAUGCAGAAUGGAGCAUGGUACAUGUCGAUUCUCGAAGGCAUAACGUAUUUCUUGACGUUCAUUGUGACCAUCAUGAUGAUACGAAGAGCUUCAACUAAGAAGAAGAUGUCGAGGGCCAGAGAGAGCUUCGCUAUGGAAACUGGGUACAAUCAUGGAGGUGUUGGGCAAGAGUCGGGGACGACAUAUGCUGGGAGGCAGUAUAUGCCAGUGGCGAAAGAGUCUCGCUUUUGAACAUCAGGAACAGGAUGGUUUAGAUCACAGGGUAUGCACCAUUUAGAGGAUCGUGGUUAGAAUAAGCAACGUUAGAAUAAGCAACGAAUAUAUUGAUUUUCCUUAACUUGUCAGCCAG